AUGAGACGUUGCGGUUGCGGAGCGUCGGAGCACAAUCAUUUUCUUUGCGACGAUACCUCAACACCAGGUCAAGGCUGGUCGAAGGAUGCUAUAAAAACAAUCGGUCCAACAAAUGCAUUCGGGGUAGUCAAAUUCUAUUCUGGUGCUCAAGACCUACACAAAUUUGCUGAGUUUGUACGCUUAUCCGAUGAUGAUGAUCCUCUUAAUGUUAUCGAGUUACUGGACAAGCACUGGAACCUUUUGGGAAUUGACACCCCUUUGCUCUGUAUUUCUGUCAUAGGUGGAACAGAUAGGUUUUUCCUUGAAGCGAAGAAAAGGGAAUUAUUUUGUGAGGGACUGAUAAGAGCUGUAUUUUCUACAAAUGCCUGGAUACUCACUCAUGGCCUUGAUUUCGGAGUUGUCAAUGUUGUUAGCGACGCUAUCUCUAAAGCAGAAUCCUAUCAUCUCCGAAGCGAAAAGAUGUCAAAGAAAAUUAUUUGCAUUGGCAUUGCUCCUUGGGGCUUUGUCCAGGACCAUGAUAAACUUAUUAACCUUUCAUACGUAAGGGCACAGUACCUAAAAUAUUGCAUUGAUUACGAAACAGUGCAUGAUGAAGCUGCAUCCCUAAACAAGAAUCAUACCCACUACAUUUUUGUUGACAAUGGCUUUCGUAGUGGCUACCAAUGCAAUGAAGCUUGGAAAUUUCGCAAAGAACUAGAACAUCUAAUAGCAACCCCAAGAAAAGGAGGAGAAUUCGACAUCUUAGAACAGGCUGCUCAAAGCGCUCAGGCUGGGGUUCCCAUUGUUAUCUGUGCUGGGACAGGUAAAGCCGCAAAUAUUUUGGACAGAGCACUGAAUUUCUGGAGCGUUAACCGAAAACCAAGGCAUUUCUCAUCGUCACAAAUCUCAGAGCUGCGAGAAAUGCUUGCGACGUUGCUUAUUGACGAUAAAGUUGCACACAGGGAUCCCAGCUGGACAGUCGACCGGGGCAUUAAUCUAUUGGAGAUCACAAUGCAACAUAAGGAUUAUGUCAGUUCUUUUAAUUUAGACGAGGAAUAUAUGCAAGGAAGCUUUGAUAGGGCAAUUCUCUAUGCCCUUAUCAAAUGUGCAACUACUAAUCCCAUCGAUCAACUCAUGGUCGCACUCAAGUUUGGUCGAAUUGAUGUAGUUAAGGAGAAGAUCCUUCCCGAUGGUGCAGGUAGACUUCGCUCUUCAUUCAAAAAGUACCAACUGAACAGAUUGAUGACAGCAGCUCUACUGGAUAAUCGUAGCGAGUUUGCUGAGUAUCUUAUAGAACAGGGAUUGGUGGAAAUGUCUACAUACUUGGAUGUUAUGACACUCACACACCUCUACAACGAACUUGACGAUCCCUCGGUUAUGCGACGCUGUCUGAAACGCUUCAAAGCCGAAGUAGAAUCCACUCAACCCACUUUAACGCGUGCUGCUUUGCUGGUCACCACUGCCAACGUUUUUGCCAGUGAAACUGAAACUUCGGAAUCAGCAAACAAGCUGCUUGAGAUGCUCAUCCAUCGCAAGAAAGAAAAGGUGCAAAAAGAGUGGAUAAACUUACCCACAGUGCAGAGGCUGCUGAAGAAGCUUCUGGGCUCCUUCAACCAUCCACUAUACCUGGCAGUUACGCCUUUUAAUCGAAGAAUUCUCUUUCCCAACCCCUUACAGGAGCUUUUCAUCUGGGCUGUGAUGAACAACCGGAACGAACUGGCUCUGAUAUUCUGGCGCAACGCAGACGAUGCUGUGGCUCUAAGUCUUAUUGGAUGCAAUCUCUACAAGAAGUUGGCUCACACUCUGCCUCUCUACGACACUGAGGGUCGACUGGCAUUGGACAAUCAAAAAGUCCAUUUUGAACAAACCGCCAAAAUGAUGAUUGACAUGCUCUACUCAAAAUCGCGGUGGCGAGCGCUGUAUCUCCUGAUUCGCCCGUUGAGGACCUGGGGCCACCACAGCUGCAUGCCUCUGGCCAUGCAAGCUGAUUGUCGAGAAUUCAUCUCUUCCAUUGCCUGUCAACAUGCCAUCCGAUUUGAGUGGCGUGCUAGUGUACACGCCAACGUCUUCUCACUCGUUCUCGCCUACAUCUGUCCUCUCUUCAUCUUCACACCACUGAUUGCAUUCUCAUCUAGCAGCACUCCGGCAAAGAAUACCGCUGAGCAGGACAUCGUUCAGCGGCUUAAGGGUGAUAUCAAGCAUGCAAACAUGCAUACCGACACCAAUCAACUACCCGUUUCGGUAGCGAAGAAAGUGGCAAUAUUCUACAACGCUCCGCGAACCAAGUUUUGCAUCCACACCGUAUUUUAUGCGAUUUUCUUGGUGUUCUUCUCAUAUACCCUCCUCUUUGGAUUAAAACCGGAUUAUGUUACUAUACUGGAAGCCAUACUGAUGGCCUACCUUGGCGCCUUCUGUGUUGAGACUGUGCGAAGUUUUAUAAAAAUGGUUAGAGAAAAGGAUUCAGUGCACACACUGUUGGGCAGCUGGCUGAGCAAUGACAAAUGGCACGCCUACGAUGCAGCUUUGAUGGUUGCCAGUGUGGUUACCGUUUGUCUACGUUUUGGUUGGGCUAGUACCUAUAUCGUCGCCAAAAGUUUCUACUCGAUCCUUUUGAUAUUUUACUUCCUCCGACUCUUCCAGUUCUUCUCAGUGAACCAUAAACUCGGUCCCAAUUCAGUAGUGAUAUUCAAAAUGUUGGUGGAGCUGUCAAUAUUUCUUUUUAUACUCCUAAUCUUCCUUUUGCCAUACGGAAUUUCGACUCAGGCCUUGCUUUACCCCUACAUGACGGAUUUUGAUCCAAAAGUUCUAACAAAUAUUUUCUACUAUCCUUAUUACCGAAUAUAUGGCGAACUCUUUUUGGAACAAUCUGAAGCUCAAGUGGAGGGAUGUGACCGGGCUAAGGCAGAUGGAAUCACUUGUCCAAUGUACAACUUCUUGUCUCCCCUCUUCCUUGCCAUCUACAUGCUCAUCGUCGCUGUUCUGCUGAUUAACCUGCUAAUUGCCAUCUUCAGGUACAAAUUUGUGGCCUUAUUCAUGCCCUGUUUUGGCUAA